AUGGGCAUGUAUUUUGUCUCAUCGGUGGUACUGAUACGCAUGAAUAUGCCUCUGGAGUACCGGACGAUUAUCACCGAAGUGUUGGGCGAUCUUCAGUUCAAUUUCUAUCACCGAUGGUUUGACGUCAUAUUCUUAGUGAGCGCCCUGUCGUCCAUAGGCUUUCUCUAUGUGGUCCGAAAACAGGUGUCAAACAAUCCAAUCGAUUAAUUCAUUAAUUUAAUUAUAGUUAUAACUAAUUAUUACAUUUGAAUUCAAUUAAUAUAUAUAUUUUGAAUACCAUUUUUAUAUUUAUUUAUUUUGUUUCUCAUAUCAGAAAUAAAUACAAUUUUUGAACCAAAGAUAAAUA